AUGUACAACAUCAGAGAGGUGGAAACCAUAGCAAGCAAAAAAACGGGAAUCUGCCCAAUGCAAAUCAAGGAUGUUUUGAGAAACUUGGUUGAUGAAGGCUUGGUGAAUUGUGAAAAAUGUGGAACUUGCAAUAUUUAUUGGUCGUUUCAAUACACUGUUGUUAAAAAAAUAAAACAGGAACAUGAGAGAAUGAUGGAAAGGAAGGAACAACUACAAGAUAUAAUUCGAAAUUACCAGUGUGAACUUGAAAUUCUUCAAAGAGAUCGGCUUUUAAAGGACGCAGAGAGGGAUAACCUAUUGCGACAACUAUCUGAAUUGAGUAGUGUUAAUUCAUUGUUGGUUUCAAAACUAGCUUCCACAAUGGCUAACAAUCCAAUACAACUCACUUCAAGGGAACGACACAUUCAAGAGGUUCAAGAGGCGGUGGAUAUGAUGGUUGAUAACAUCGAAAUCCUCAUAUCAUUCAUUUAUGAGUGGAAUCCAUGCGGGUUGUCUAAAUCUGAAAUUAGGAAAUAUUUUAGAGUACCUGAAGAUCUCUAA